AUGGAGAUAACCUACGCAUCUCCCAGCUCCACGGACUUUGCGGACGGAUCCUCCAUGCCGACCUCGACCAGACCCGUCCGAAUCAUCCCCCUCCAGCACCCCAGCACGACGUCGUCUUCGUCCAGCGCUUCGUCGUCGACGUGGGCCGCGCUGUCGAGAUGGAAAUCCAAGGUCCAGAGCAUGACCUGGGUCGAGUGGCUGGAGGUCUUCUUGCCUUGCACCCGCUGGAUUCGGACCUAUAAAUGGCGCGAGUAUUUGCAGGUCGAUCUCAUGGCUGGCAUCACCGUCGGCGUCAUGCUCGUUCCUCAGUCAAUGUCUUAUGCAAAAUUGGCUGGACUUGAACCAAUAUACGGACUCUAUUCUGGUUUUGUACCUUUGUUUGUGUAUGCCAUAUUUGGCUCUUCUCGUCAGCUAGCCGUUGGUCCAGUAGCAUUGGUUUCUCUCCUGGUCUCUAAUGUCUUAAGUGGCAUAGUUGAUUCAUCUGAUGAAUUAUACACAGAAUUGGCUAUCUUACUGGCAUUUAUGGUUGGGGUCAUGGAAUGCCUUUUGGGGCUCUUUAGGCUAGGAUGGAUUAUUCGCUUCAUCAGCCACUCUGUCAUUUCUGGCUUUACAACUGCUUCAGCCAUUGUGAUUGCCUUAUCUCAGGCAAAAUACUUUUUGGGAUAUAGUAUAGUACGAAGUAGCAAGAUUGUGCCAUUGAUCAAGAGCAUUAUAUCUGGAGCUGAUGGGUUCUCAUGGCCUCCUUUUGUGAUGGGAUCUGUCAUUCUUGCAAUACUUUUGAUCAUGAAACACUUGGGCAAAACAAGGAAGUCCUUGCGUUUCCUGAGAGCAGCAGGUCCCCUCACAGCUGUUCUUUCGGGCACAAUUUUUGUAAAAAUAUUUAAUCCAUCUUCCAUAUCUUUGGUAGGAGAUAUACCUCAGGGCCUACCAAGCUUUUCUAUUCCUAGAGCUUUUGGAUAUGCUACGUCUUUGAUCCCCACCGCACUUCUCAUUACUGGUGUAGCUAUUUUGGAAUCUGUGGGCAUUGCAAAAGCAUUAGCAGCAAAGAAUGGGUAUGAGCUGGACUCAAAUCAAGAGUUGUUCGGUCUUGGUGUGGCCAAUAUUUUUGGUUCAUUUUUUUCCGCAUAUCCCACAACAGGUUCUUUUUCUAGGUCAGCUGUGAAUCAUGAAAGUGGAGCUAAAUCUGGCUUAUCUGGAAUUGUUAUGGGAGUCUUAAUGGGCUGCGCUCUCCUAUUUAUGACGCCACUGUUUGAAUAUAUACCGCAGUGUGCUCUCGCUGCCAUUGUGAUUUCUGCUGUAAUAGGCCUGGUGGAUUAUGAGGAGGCUAUAUUUUUAUGGGGUGUGAAUAAGAAAGAUUUUCUUCUUUGGACUAUUACAAGCACUACAACAUUGUUCCUUGGCAUCGAGAUUGGCGUCCUUGUCGGGGUUGGUGUUUCACUUGCAUUUGUCAUUCAUGAAUCAGCAAAUCCGCAUAUUGCUGUCUUGGGGCGUCUUCCAGGCACAACUGUGUAUAGAAAUACUCAACAGUAUCCAGAAGCAUAUACAUAUAAUGGAAUUGUGAUUGUUCGGAUUGAUGCACCUAUUUAUUUUGCAAACAUUAGUUACAUAAAGGACAGGCUACGGGAAUAUGAAGUUGAGGUUGAUAGGUCUACCAGUCGUGGACCAGAAGUUGAAAGAAUUUAUUUUGUUAUCAUAGAGAUGGCGCUUAUUAAGAAGCAUUUAAUGACUAGAUGUGCAUUGAAACAUCAUGCCUGCUGA